CUAACUUGACGUUAGUUUUCAAAGGCAGGAUGGCAGCUGAACGGGUCGUAAAGGUACAGCAACGCAGUUUGUAACAUUACCAACAAUCAUCACAAACUCCCGUUUUAAAGAGAAGGACCGACAGAUUUCGCAAAGGGACGCGUUUUGUACCAACCGGCGGAAGUGUUUGAGUUAAUCGGCGGACGGUAUUAACCUUGCGGAUAUUUUGUGUUCUUUUUCACCAAGAGAGAAAAAGAUCCGUGUCCGGAUGUGCCAGCAGUAACGUUAUUGGGUUUUUCGCAUGGCGUAGGCACCUUUUCUAAAGCAGGAUAUUCUUGAUGUUUGGAGGAUCGGAGGAGGCCCUCGGGUCGACAGCUUAUCCCGCUAACAUUAACUAUACCUCAAAAUUUCCCAAUUUGUGUGGAAAAUGAUCAACGAAAUGAUUGUGCAAUAGAGAGAAGGAAGCGUCGUAAAACGUCUUGACUACCUCGGUGUAGUGACUGUGGAGAGAGCAAGUCACCGGGAUACAUUGUGUUUUUGUUUCCUGCUCUAAACCAUAAAAACGACGUUUGUUGAGCUCCGACAAGGAAGACGAAAAGAGGAUAUUUGUGUUCUCAUCUUGUGUUGUGUGUGUGUGAACCCCGAGGACCGACAAAACCUUCACGAUGACGGGCAGCACCCCAGCAGACAUGAUAAACCUGCGGCUUAUUUUAGUCAGCGGAAAGACGAAAGAAUUCUUCUUCUCUCCCAAUGACUCAGCAGCGGACAUUGCCAAACACGUCUAUGACAACUGGCCGAUGGACUGGGAGGAAGAGCAGGUCAGCAGUCCUAACAUCCUGAGGCUGAUCUACCAGGGCCGGUUUCUACAUGGCAACGUAACACUAGGAGCUCUCAAACUGCCCUUGGGGAAGACCACAGUGAUGCAUUUAGUUGCCAGAGAGACUUUGCCUGAGCCAAAUUCCCAAGGUCAGAGGAAUAGAGAGAAGACCGGGGAGAGUAACUGCUGUGUCAUUCUGUAAAUACACACCACCGCCACCUGCCCUCCAUCUUUCUCAUCCAUUCUCACCCUCAACAUCCUGGACCGAAUGAGCUUGUCCCCUGUCCUGGAACCUGUCCACAAUGCAUAUGGACGAACUCAUACUCUUCGCUUAUUUUUAAAAAUUUUUUUUUCCCUCUCUCACACACACACCUAGAAAGACAGCAGGCUCAACCUGAUUUAAGGCACAGAGUUGGGAGCAGGAAAUUGAUUAAUGAUAGCGUUGAUUUCUUUGUUUUACUUGAUUUGUUGUCAUAACUGAAAAUUAGUGGAAGGAACUGGAUUUGCAUGUGGGUAUUUUUUUUUUUUUUCUUAAUGCGUACCUUUUUAAGCCUUCUGCCACACACACAUACUGUACAAUAGACACACACCUUAUCUAGCUAUCCUCAGCCAGUCUGUUAAAAGACAGUUUCUAACUGCCUCCCUAUUCUAGCUAGUUGUCAUAUUAAUGCAGUGCCCAAGUUUGUGUGUGUGGCCUUGUUUUCUAAUACAGACCGCUGAUCAUUUUAACCACUAACGACUCACCUCCACACACACACACACACACACACACACACACACAUACACACUACGACAUCUUGUCCACACAUCCAACCAUAUGUGCUUGUGGGAUCUCCCUCGGUGCAGUAGACAAAGCUUAAACGUGCCUGAUCAUAGAACUGAAAGCAGGACA